CCGAUUAAUCGAACGGUCUGAGAGAAAUUUCGAGAGCCGAUAAAUGAAAAAACCCUAGCGAUCCUCGGCUGCGCGCCGUGUCUUCUGCAAUUGCACAGGUAAACGAAGCAGAGCUUUGAAAAUCCAGGUCAGAAGGGAUGGUGCUCAAGACUGAACUCUGUCGAUUUAGUGGUGCGAAGAUUUACCCUGGAAAGGGUAUCAGAUUUGUUCGCGGCGACUCCCAAGUGUUUCUUUUUUCAAACUCAAAAUGCAAGCGGUACUUUCAUAAUCGUUUGAAACCUGCCAAGCUUACCUGGACAGCAAUGUACAGGAAACAACACAAAAAGGACAUCCAUGAUGAAACUGUGAAGAAAAGGCGUCGUGCUGCAAAGAAGCCCCAUUCCAGGUCAAUUGUUGGCGCUUCAUUGGAAGUUAUUCAGAAGAAAAGAACUGAGAAACCUGAAGUUCGGGAUGCUGCUAGAGAAGCAGCUCUGCGUGAGAUCAAGGAGCGGAUAAAGAAGACCAAGGACGAAAAGAAGGCUAAGAAGGCCGAGGUUUUGGCCAAAGUACAGAAGACCCAGACAAAGGGUAAUGUGCCCAAGGGUUCCAAAGGACCAAAGCUCGGUGGUGGUGGUGGGAAGCGUUGAGGACUUGGUAUCUUUUAUCAUUUUUCUACUUUAGUUCACAUGUAACCCGAAGUAUACUUCUGGUUGCGUUCUCUUGCUAUGGAUAACUUUAGAGUUCCUUUGUUGUGAUGGACUCCGGAUAUGAUAUCAGAUCUAAAUUUCCUUCAUUCUGUCUGUUUUGUGACUGUAGUUGUUAUUUUAUUUUAUGUAAUCUUCGUCUUUGAAAGUUGUUUUUGAUAUUGGUGCAAUUACUUCAAUCACUUUA